AUGAUUGAUGAUGCUGUGGAUAAUUUGUCUCUUAAUGCAUCGAAGGACUGCCUUAUGAAUACGGAUUCCCUAGGUGAGGAUGGCAAGCUCUUCUUCCAUAUGGAUGAGUCCUGCAAGGGAGAAGCAGUUCUCAGUGUGAAUCUAGUCCGGUUAAAAAAGUUAAAAGAAGUAUGGGACAUGACAGAGGAUGAGAAAAUUAUUCUUGCUUCCAUGUGCAAAAUUCGUGGUAACGAGUACCUGAAGGCUGACAAUCUCGCACGUGCACUCCGUGCCUACAAAGGUGGAAUUAAUUGUCUGGAAGGCAGCGUCAGUGUAAAACCAGCGAAACAUGCCUCUCAACAUCAAGCAAAUGAAGAGGCUCAGCAGCUCUACACAAACCUUCUCACCAACACAGCACUUUGCCUUUUAAAAAUCGCUGUUCAGCCAAAGCGGGCCACCUCUAAGUCGGAUCAUCAACCCAUUAGCGAUGAUACUCUGAUGCGACAUUGCAUUUCCAUGUGUGAAAAGGCCCUUGAAAUCGAUGUGGACAACACGAAAGCCCUCUACAGAAUGGCUCAGGCUCAAGCACAGCUGAAGCACUACACAGAGGCAAUUUCAAUAGGCCAUCAAGCGAUGAAAGCAUUGAAGGCCAAGAACUCAAGCGCCGCCAUGGUAGAGAAGUCCAUUUCCGACUGGAAGCAGGCGCUGUGUGCACAAAAACGCGCCGAAUAUGAGCAUGUUCGAUCAGCAUUUCUGAAAAGGGCUACUGAGUUGAGGAAACAUGGUCGGCUGUUUGCGGAUGACGGAAGUGGGGAAUGCAAUCGUCUACAUUUCGACGAUUGGUCCAACGACUUGGCUGACAACGUGAUGUCUAUUCCCGAGGAAUUGGAGGCCUUUGGUGAGAAGAUGCCAGAUCCCAAGUCAACUUCGUCAUCCGGAUCAUCGAAGGGCUCUAAAAAGUCUCAUCGAACCUCUGCAAUUACUCGUCUCACAAAAAUUGACUCAGGAGAUGAGGAGGAAGAGGAGGAUGAGGAGGAGGAGGAGGAGGAGAGAAAUUAG